AUGAACAGUCCAGGUGUAAGACCCCCCAAUGAUUCCCCGCUGUAUCCUACUGCUCUUACGCAUCGGCAAGCAGCCUACAGUGCGACGUCUCAAAGAGGCGUAUCCGCAGAGGACGACGUGGGUGGAGGUGGUGGUGGUGGGCUCUUUGGACGCGGUCUCGCCGUCUGCUCAAACGCUGCCCCCGCCGCCACCGCCGCCGGCACUCCCUACGGUGCCAACGGGGAUUACUACCAGCAGCUUCAGGCCCACGCUGCCACGACCCGCCAGCUCCUCUCCGACGCCGCUUUUAACGCCGCCUACUCCCAGGGUCUGGGUGGCGGCGGCGGCGGUGGUGGUGGUAGAAGCAGAGCGGGAGAUAAAUCAUUCAUGCGAGCGUGUGGACGGGAGGGGGAGGGGGGAAGUGGGAGUUACGCGUCGCCGCCGCCGCCGCCAUCGUCGAUCAAGGACCACAACUGGUGGCGGGUGUCCCACACUUCCAGUGUGGGAUUCGUCUCCUACCCCAGUCGCCUGAAGCAACAGCAACCAAAUAAAUCGCAGUGUUGA